CGUUCGUGUGUAACGGGGACGAGGGCCCUAGGCCACGCCGGGAAGGUCUCUCCCUGCACAAGGCUGCUCUGUCUUCUACCGCACAGUCGUGAACGCUAAUACCCGUCUUCUUCUGGCUCCCGGGGUGAGACAGCCUUGGCCUAGGUCGGAGGGGCGGAGGCGGUACGAGUUCGCGAGUUCCGGGAUUCUCGCGGGAAAACGCGAGUGUGGCGCUUCUCUGACGCACUUCCGGAGCGCGGAGGGGGCGCCGCGGCGGCUGCAAGCUUGGAAGAUGGUGGUUACUAGGUCCGCGCGGCCUCAGGCCGGGAUCCAAGCCACGUCAGUUGAAAGCUCCCAGCAGAAGAAUUCUGCUGCCACAAGAAUUCAAGCACAUCCAAAAGGCCGGAAGGAAUCUCCAUCUGAUGACCCAAGUAUUGCUGAAUCACAGACCACUAGGGAACAAAGUCCAGCUCCUAAAACCAGGAAAAGGAAGAGCAGAACUACAGGUUCAUUACCAGGAAUGAACAAACCUUCUACUGAUGGAGAGAUCUCUGAAGCAGAGUCAAACUGUUCUUCUGUGUCUGAGGCCCAGGAUCCCAUUUUAAGAGUAACUAGGAGAAGGCAGAUCUUAGUUGCAGGCACCCCAGUUUCCAGUGUAAGGAAAAAGCUGAAAAUAACUCUAGUAAGUGAGUCUCAUACUGAAGAAGAAGUCUCUGAAGCAGAGUCACAUAUUUCAGGUAUUUCUAGAAUUGUGCAUCCCACAGAAAUAACAACAAGAACCAGGAGAAGUAAGGCUAAAUCCCAAACUGAUCCAAACCAAGAAUCCCAUGUGGAAGCUAAUUCUGAUGCUGAGUCAUCAUGCUCAGACAUUUCUUCAUUUUCUGGAAUUGCAACUAGGAGAACAACAAGGAGUAUGCAAAGGAAAUUACAGGCACAAACUGAGGAGAAUGAUACUAAGAUUGUACCAGGAAAUGAAAAGCAAAUCAUAAAUACACCUGUGAAUUUAGAGGAUUCAGAUACCAGACGAACUUCUUCUCGUUUACUAGCAAGAUCGCUUUCUCAGAUAAAUAAGCCAAAUAUCUCUAAUAAUGAAAUUUAUGAUGACCCUGAUAAUGACUCCUUUGGAAAUUCAGGAAAAAAACUAAUAGUGCAAAAACACCAAAGUUUUAAUAUAAGAGAGGAAAAACAGGACAACGUUUCACCUCUCAAAGAAAUAACAGAGCAGAAUUGUAAGAGCUUAGAUGAAGAAGCCAAAGGAAUAACAGAUGCGGGAAAAGAAAUUAAUGAGAAAAAUUCUCAGUUGAAGAGUCUUUCUGAACUUCAGGACACUAGCCUUCAGCAGUUAGUUUCACAAAGGCAUUCAACCCCCGAAAGUAACAAAACCACCUCAGCAUCCUCAAACCUGAACUGUGAGGCUGUAAUGAAAUCAUUAGCUCAAACAUUUGCAGUUGUGGAAAUGGACAGAUGGAAUGAAGAGAGAAACAGCAGCAUGAAAACAAGUGACUGGACAGAACUUGGUGAUAGUGGUGAUAGUGAUGAAGAAGAGUGCACAGUUACAGGUGUUGGCGGAGACAUGAGCAAAGAAAGGGAUGUAGAUUUUGAAUGUGAUACCAAACUGUGUGAACUUGAGCCCAGCACAUCUCAGGAUAAAGAUGAUCGUGUUUUAUUAGUUCUCAGCAGUGAUGAAAGCCAGCAGUCUGAAAACAGUGAGAAUGAAGAGGACACUGUGUGUUUUGUUGAAAAUAGUGGUCAAAAAGAGUCAUUAAAUGGAGACUCAGAAAAUACAUCACGUGACAAUGCAUUGUUUGUAAUUGACACAACUCCUCGAUUGAGUGCUGAUAAAAAUUUUUACUUGGAUGAAGAAGACAAGGCAAGUGAGGUUGCCACUGAGGAAGAAAAGGAGGAGGAGGAAGAAAGUGAAGAAGAACCAUCAGACAGUGACGGAAGUAAAGAUAAUGAGUUUAGUGAUGAAGACAACUUACUAAAUAGCACAAAAUCUAAACUUCUGAAGUUGACUAGCAGCAGCAUAGAUCCUGGUCUGAGUAUUAAGCAGUUGGGUGGUUUGUAUAUUAAUGUCAAUGCAGACAAGCUACAGUUGAACAAGAGAACCCUAACACAGAUCAAGGAGAAAAAGAAAAAUGAGCUUUUGCAGAAAGCCGUCAUUACUCCUGAUUUUGAAAAAAACUACUGUGUCCCACCAUAUAGUGAAUCAAAGUAUAAACUUCAGAAAAAACGCAGACAAGAGCGACAAAAAACAGCAGGUGAUGGCUGGUUUGGUAUGAAAGCUCCAGAACUGACAGAUGAACUGAAAAAUGAUCUCAAAGCACUGAAGAUGAGAGCUAGCAUGGACCCAAAAAGGUUUUACAAGAAAAAUGAUAGAGAUGGCUUCCCCAAGUACUUCCAGAUUGGAACCAUUGUUGACAAUCCAGCUGACUUCUACCAUUCACGAGUUCCUAGGAAACAAAGGAAGAGAACUAUUGUGGAGGAACUGCUGGCCGAUUCUGAGUUCAGAAGAUAUAACCGAAGGAAGUACUCAGAGAUUAUGGCUGAAAAGGCAGCAAAUGCAGCAGGAAAGAAGUUUCGAAAGAAGAAGAAGUUUCGCAAUUAAGAUUCACCAGGCAAAUCACAAAAUUUUACAUCUCCCUUUAUUUAUUACUAAAGAUAUUUAGAAAACUAACACGACCAUCACAUAAAUUAACAUGGCCUGGCCCUAUUUAUAUAUAGGGAUUUCUCUUUGGAAAAAGUUGAUUUUAGAGAGGUUUAAUCACAUGCCCCUUGGGAUAAAAAUAGGGGUGUCUACAAAGGAUCCACUCAUGCUUAGACCCUUUGAGGAGGUAAAAAAGGAAAAUAACCUCAGUCAUUUAACAUUUUUGUAAAGUUUUCAACAUUUGGUUAUUUAAAGAAAAUUUAAAACAUUUAGAAAAUAUCAAGUUUGCUAACAUUCAAAAAUUUUAAAGUAAUAUCAAAGAUACGUGAGCAAUAUUGUAAUUAUUAUGUAGAGGUGUGUGUGUAGGGGGGAGAUGGUGCCCUUUUGUCAGUUGCACAUUCAAGUCCAGAAUAUUGGUGAAGCUGGGAUACAGAGAUCUUGUUGCCAGUAUAACAGUCACAGUUGAAACCAAAGAAAUGUUAAAAGUGUUCCAUGACCAAAGAACUAAAUGAAGCUAUAAAAAGGACUUAAAAGAUAGACUACUUGGAAAAUUUGGGUUAAAGGUAGAAGCAGGAGAGCUAUUUUUCC